GGUCUUGUAAAUACUGCUCAAUUAGUCAAUUCCCGUCAAGUUCUCCUGCCUACUCAUUCGCUGGUAUUCAUUCCACGUUUUGCAUUUUCUUCCUCCACCUGUCUCUCCCGCAUCACCUCGGCGUCUAGUCGUGCGUACGCUUUUCUCCAUAUAUCAUUCCGCAUACGAACAAAUCCCCUCCAACCAAAAUAAAAUAGCGAAAACGCCAGCAAGCCCGUCGUUUGAACUACCCCCGCGGCAUUUAAUUUAUACUGAAAGCCUUCACUGUGCCAACUGCCAACAAUCCCCCACCGGAUUCCUUCUCUCGCCGGCAAGCGGCAACUGCACGCACUUUUCCUUCCUCCAUCGAAAUUCUCGCUGAAACUUCUCUAUUCAAACCUUCAAACCUCAACAUCCUUUUUGUCGUUUUUAAUCUCAAUAUUUCUCUGCUUUUAAUAACCGUUUUUUCCCUUCCAAUCGGUCCUCGCUCUCUCUGGUUCAUGUUGAUUUGUUUACGAUUUCUUUGUUCAAUAUACAUGAGAUCGAAGCAGGUUUUCUCUUCCAUAACCGCCGACGCCUCCACCGUUUCCACCGCCGCGCCUCGAAGUCCGGUUUGCGAGAUCUUCCUUUCGUUCUGAAUUCCCCCAAUGCAUCCCUUCUGCUGCGCGUCCACCGUUUCUGAUCACACCGUCUCUCCAACGAAGCCCUUGCCGGAUCUCUCCUUUAUGGCCUUCUCACCCGUGCGAUCCGACAAUCACCAUAACCGCUCCAAUUCACAAAUCCAUAAUCAUCAGAAUCACAACCAACAGAACGGCAUCGAUGGAAACAGACUGAGUCGGGAGGCACCGGCACUGGACGCGAUGAUUAACGACAUAGUUGGGAACGGGGUGUCUGGGAUACUGUAUAAGUGGGUGAAUUACGGAAAAGGAUGGAGGCCGAGGUGGUUCGUAUUGCAGGACGGUGUUUUGUCUUAUUAUAAGAUUCAUGGGCCUGAUAAGAUCAUCGUUAACCAGGAGACCGAGAAAGGAUGCAAGGUUAUUGGUGAAGAGUCCCUGCGAAGGAUUUCUAGGCGUACUAGUCACGGAAACCCCUCGCAGCGCAGACGCAAGCCGUUUGGCGAAGUACACCUUAAGGUUUCUUCUAUUCGUGAAAGCAGAUCAGACGACAAGAAAUUCUCCAUAUUCACUGGCACGAGGAGGCUCCAUUUGCUGGCAGAGACGCGAGAUGAUCGAGCGGCAUGGAUGGAGGCAUUGCAGGCGGUGAAGGACAUGUUCCCGCGUAUGUCAAACAGCGAGCUGAUGGCUCCCUCGGACAACCUAAUGGUCUCAACGGAGAAGUUGAGGCAGCGACUACAGGAAGAGGGUUUAAGCGAAGCAGCAAUCGAGGAUAGUGAGCAGAUCAUGAGAAAUGAGUUCUCUGCUCUUCAGAGCCAGAUUGUGUUGCUUAAGCAGAAGCAAUUGCUCCUCAUGGACACCCUCCGCCAUUUAGAGACAGAAAAGGUUGAUCUGGAGAAUACAGUAGUGGAUGAGAGCCAAAAACAGCUGAAUGACCAAGAAGCAUCCUCUGUGUUAUGUCAAGGAAAAUAUGGUGAAAGAAGUGUGAGCGAAUCUGAUGAGGAUAACGAAAGAGUUGAUGCUGCAGAGGAAGAAACAGAUGAUGAGGAUAAUCCAUUCUUUGAUACACGUGAUUUUCUAUCAUCUAGUUCUUUCAAAAGCAAUGGGUCUGAUCUUCAGACAUUGUCUUUCUCUACUGAUGAUGAAGGGCUUUGUGCAAUGGAAUCUGAUGACGACAUUGAUCCUUCAAUGAAAUCUGUUGGAAGAAACUACCCUUAUGUUCAGAGGCGUAAGAAAUUACCAGACCCAGUUGAAAAAGAGAAGGGUGUCAGUCUUUGGUCAAUGAUUAAGGAUAACAUCGGAAAGGAUCUCACCAGAGUUUGUCUUCCAGUUUACUUUAAUGAGCCUCUCUCUUCUUUACAGAAGUGUUUUGAAGAUCUGGAAUAUUCGCAUCUCAUUGACCGGGCGUAUGAAUGGGGAAAAAGAGGUAAUAGCCUCAUGAGAAUUCUUAAUGUCGCUGCUUUUGCUGUAUCUGGCUAUGCUUCAACGGAUGGAAGAAGUUGCAAACCAUUUAACCCAUUACUUGGGGAAACAUAUGAGGCUGAUUGUCCAGACAAAGGCCUUCGUUUUUUCUCAGAGAAGGUCAGUCAUCACCCCAUGAUUGUUGCAUGCCAUUGUGAGGGUACAGGAUGGAAAUUUUGGGCCGAUAGCAAUCUGAAGAGCAAAUUUUGGGGUCGCUCAAUUCAACUUGAUCCUGUUGGUAUUUUGACCUUGGAGUUUGAUGAUGGAGAAGUUUACCAAUGGAGCAAGGUUACGACAUCAAUAUACAAUCUGAUAUUAGGAAAGUUAUACUGUGAUCACUAUGGUACCAUGCGUAUACAGGGAAAUUGUGAAUAUUCGUGUAAGCUGAAAUUCAAGGAACAGUCUAUUAUAGACCGCAAUCCUCAUCAGGUGCAAGGUAUAGUUCAAGAUAAGAAUGGAAAAACAGUGGCAACCCUAUUUGGAAAGUGGGAUGAGAGCAUGCAUUAUGUGAUUGGUGACUAUUCUGGUAAGGGGAAAGGACUAGAGACUAUCUCUGAACAACAUUUGCUUUGGAAGCGGAGCAAGCCUCCCAGAUUUCCCACUCGAUAUAACUUUACACGCUUCGCUAUUACAUUGAAUGAGCUGAUGCCUGGACUGAAGUUGCCGGCUACAGAUUCAAGGCUUAGACCUGAUCAAAGGUGCUUGGAGAAUGGGGAAUUCGAUAUGGCCAAUUCAGAAAAACUGCGGCUAGAGCAGCAGCAACGUCAGGCACGGAAGAUGCAAGAGAGUGGAUGGAAGCCUCGUUGGUUUGCAAUGGAUAAAGGAAGUCACACAUACCGCUAUAUUGGUGGAUAUUGGGAGGCCAGAGAACAGGGUAAUUGGGGCUCAUAUCCUGAUAUAUUUGGUCCAACCCAUUCUGAUCAGCUCUUGGAAUAAAUUUCUUCAAUUGCCUUCUCUUUGGUUCUCAGUUCCUUUUUGAUCAUUUAUUUCUGGGCAAAUCUGCUUCUGUAAUGAAGCAGUUGAGGUGCCACCAAACCAUGUACGUAAAUGCACAGGUAUUGGUAGGUAAUAAAAGAAAAUUUUUACCUUGUU